AUGCGAUUAGUUUUCAAUGCUGAUUGUUUCUUUCUUAAUUACUGUGUAGAUUUAUUCGUUGAGAGUGAUAUCCCUUCAUUUUUUAUACUUCCAUUUCGUCUCUCAAUUUUUCUCUUUUUCUCUUUUUCUUUAUUUCGUUUUACUUUCUUUCUUCUUUUCUCUCUUUCUCAUAGCCUUUUCUUUCUUUCUUUCUUUCUUACUUUCUCUCUUUCUUUCUUUUUUCAUCUCCUUCGCUGGCUCUUAUCUAUAGACUUCUCCUUAUUCCAAUUUUAUCCCAACAAUGACAGUCUGUAUCGCUUUUUCCUGCCUGUCUUUGUUUGUUUUUUUAGUUUCUUUCUACCGUUGCUUCGAUUUCUUUCUUUCUUUCGUGGCUUCUAUCUAUCUAUCUAUCUAUCUAUCUAUCUAUCUAUCUAUCUAUCUAUCUAUCCUCUUCUAUGUUUUAAUUUCUUUUAUCUUUCACUAUUUCUUUCUUUCUUAUCUAUCUAUCUAUAUAUCUAUCUAUCUUAUUCAUUCUUUCGUGGCUUCUUUUCUUAUCUAUCUAUCUAUCUAUCUAUCUAUCUAUUGUUAUCCUUUCUUUCUUUAUUCUGCUUCAAUUGCCUUCAAUCGACCUGCUAUCAUGACGUCAUAAGCGCCUCUGCUGCCUCCAAAUUCAUCAUUACUGUUGAAUGCCUCAACCAAUAA